CUUCAAUAUCAAGGCGGCCAUUGACGGAAAGCGAGCCAAGCACGUUGUUCACUUUCAUUUUCCCGAAAAAAUAACCCUUUUGUUUCAGUAGCCUUGUUUCUACUCUAAGAAUGGGACGGAAAAAGAAGAAGGCUAUGAAGCCCUGGUGCUGGUAUCCUUUUUAAGUGAAAGAGCUUAAUGUAGUGCUGUCUUGGAAUGACGGUGAAUAUUAUCUAGCUUAGCUUAUUGAAUUGAUCACGCGCCGGCCGGUCAGCGUUUAAAAAUCUUUACCCUAAGCAACUAAAUACUUUUUUAUGGCUUUCUACUUUCAAGAUUAUUAUCACUUGUGAGUUGGGUAACAAUUAGAAAAAACGCCGGUAAUGGAACCUUACUUUGAGAGGACAAAUAAGUUUAGCUUAAGUUAUAUAAUAAUAAGCUUAAUUUCUGUCCAUCUAAAAAUACAGCACUCCAGUUGUUCAAAAGCUAUUAGUUACUUCACUGGGUAAAUCUCUGUCCAGUGGACAAUUAUUAUGACUAACCAAUUGCGUUAUCCACUAGAUAGAGAUUUAUUCAGUGGAUGGCAUUAUACACUUUUUUAACAACUGGGGCCUGAUUAGUAAAAUUUAUGUUCAAAAUAUUAUGGGUUUUAAGGGAUUUUAACGACCCUUUUUUGCCUGCAAUUGCUUUAGUUGUAAACGUAAAUGAUAUUAGAUUAACAUUUCUUCUUAAAUUGUAAUUUUACAAUCUCUGGUCCCCCGAUCUUUUGACUUAAUUCUCAACUCUCGGUCAGUAGAGAAACAAGUCUAAAGCAUAGUUUCAAGAUGUUUGAGUGACAAGUCAAGUAGUCGAGACAAAAUAUUGCAGAAUAGUAGGCAGGAAUCACCAGAGUUGCAGGUGCAAAGGCCUAAAUUUGUGNUUUUUAACAACUGGGGCCUGAUUAGUAAAAUUUAUGUUCAAAAUAUUAUGGGUUUUAAGGGAUUUUAACGACCCUUUUUUGCCUGCAAUUGCUUUAGUUGUAAACGUAAAUGAUAUUAGAUUAACAUUUCUUCUUAAAUUGUAAUUUUACAAUCUCUGGUCCCCCGAUCUUUUGACUUAAUUCUCAACUCUCGGUCAGUAGAGAAACAAGUCUAAAGCAUAGUUUCAAGAUGUUUGAGUGACAAGUCAAGUAGUCGAGACAAAAUAUUGCAGAAUAGUAGGCAGGAAUCACCAGAGUUGCAGGUGCAAAGGCCUAAAUUUGUGUGUGUUGGUUUUUUAAAUAAAUAUACUUAACCAAAAUGCUGAGUAGGCAGUAAAUAUUCCACUGAAAGUGGCAAAAUUGCCCGCUUCCAGCUCAUUUUGACUACUGGGUUUUCAAGAAAGCUGUGACGCUUGCCAGUUGAGAGGCUAAUCAAAAUUUUAACCGGACAAAUUGAUUGCAAUGACCACAGGUGUAGAUAGUGCCAACCAGUGUACCUUUUUGCUGUGUAACUCCAGCAGCUUACUAACCUACUCAUUGCUCCUUGCUGCAAUGAAUUAGGAGCCAAAACAUCUAAGAGUUUGGAAUGGUCCACUUUCAGUAUGAGGUGAAAGCAUACAGAUUUUGUCAAAACAGUAUGCCUACAUUUCUUGUGACUCAAGUGAUAAUACAGCAUUUAUGAAACAAGCUUGUCCAUAACCACUAUGAUACAUUCUGUGUAACAUUUUGCAAAACAAAGCUGGGUGCAAAGAAGGAGGUUUUAUGGUUUGUCAUUUGGGCAAGUUGUUGCUGGUCUGUACUAGCCCAAGAAUCUUUUAAGUGGCCCCCAAAUGUUUUUGAUGAGCAACAUUGAUUAUAGUUUUUCUGUAAUUUGAAUUUCCCAAAAAACUUCACUUGCCCUUCAGGCUAGUUAAGAAGAGGAUUCACUAGCCCGAUUGCAAAAUCCACUAGCCCUGAGCUAUUGGACACGACUUUCUUUGCACUCUACAAAGCAUCUUCUUUUAUUAAAUUGUUUGUUCCUCACAUAGCCUUGAGCAACCAACCUUUAUCAGAUUAAUCCUUAACCAUGUUUAAAGGUACUGUAAUCGUGACUUUGAUGAAGAGAAAAUAUUAAUUCAGCAUCAGAAGGCUAAACAUUUUAAGUGUCCAAUUUGCCACAAGAAGUUGUACACUGGCCCAGGACUGGCCAUUCAUUGUAUGCAAGUACAUAAAGAAACCAUAAGUACAAUUCCUAACUCGCUGCCAAACAGAGGAGACCCAGAAAUAGAGAUCUAUGGAAUGGAAGGUAUUCCUGAGAAAGACUUGAAAGAGCGCCAGCAAAGGGGCAAUAAUGCAGGGGACGGUAAGUGAAAUGAUAAGGUAGAGAAAGUGAUCAAAAGACAUGCGAAAGUGGGUUGCAACAUUGUACGUGCAUCUUCAUGGUGUAGUGCAUUAAAAAUAUCUCGGUGGUAAAAGUGGGAAGCUAAGAAGAACUAAAUACAUGAGCUUUGUGAAUAGACCCUUCCUUGGGUUUUUUAAACUUUUGACAUGGACCAUUUAGGGAAAAUCCACCACCUUAGAUCUAAGAGCACCUUAGAGUUAGUUAAAUUGCCAAAUUUGAAAGUGAUAUGUCCUAGGCAAGCAAAGAUAUAUGUCUGCAAAGUUGUGAAAAUAACAGAUGUUUGUAUGGUGGCGGGGCAAGUUUGUGCCACCCACAUUACAAACAUCUGUAAAAUUUCGCAACUUUGAGAUGCUAUAUCUUGGUUAGUUUCCAACAAAUCACUUUCAAAAUAUGACAAUUUUAUUGUUUUUAAGGCACUCUUUCAAUUGCUACUAAAGACUUGGUAAAUCAAUUUUCCUGAAAUGUUUUUCUGCCCCCAAUUUUAUGAUGGCCCUGGCUAAUUAUGUACUAGCGGUUUGGCUGCACUGUCAUUUCCCAGGAAUGAGAAGCUGUCCUUUGAAUGAAAAAAGAGUUACAUUCUGUAAAAAAGAUAACUCUGUUUCUCCCAUACUGUGUAUUAUAGAUGACGAACCAGACAAUAAGAAAGCCAAAAGUGACGACCAAACUCAAGUAGCCUCAGCAGCAGCAGCAGCAGCAGUAGGAAUGGUUCCUGCAGCUAUUCCUGGUGCUGUUCCUAUGAUGCCGAUGAUGCCUGUACCUGGAAUGCCAGUCCCUCAUGGAUUCCCUCAGGUGCCAUUUGGUCAGCCAAUUCCAGGUGGAGAUAAUUCGAUUGUAAUCCUGUUUUAGCUGGUUGUCUAUAGCUACACUGUACCUGUUGCUUAAGUGAGCUCUUCACCUUCUAAAUUUCGGUCCAAGAAAGGACGUGUAAUGCACAAGCCUUCCAAGUUCUUAAUCAAAGAGCUCUUAAUCGAAGUUGUAUCUUGUUAUGCGUGUAUAAUAGUGACGCGGCAUACAUGCCUCAAGGUGAUAACAAGUGCUUUGACUAGCAUGAAGUUGUUGGCAUGAUGUUGACAGGAUAGUUGCCAUUUAACCAAUGGUAAUUUGCUUUUUCUGGGAAAUGCAAGUUUCAGUGGCUCCCAAAGAUGUCCACAGACCAUCUAUUUUCUCCUUUUCCCACUCCCACCUCUUUGCUCUUUCAGUCAAUAAAUCCCCACAGUUUUUAUUUCCCUAUGCAUGCUCAACAAUAUCUGAAGAGAAAACUGACUUCUCUGAACAGGCUAGCCUCUUCUUGGUAAAAUGUGCAGUGUACAGAGUGUACAGAUCACCAAUGUGAUUACUAUUUGCAAGGUUCAAUUUGUAAAAAAGUGCUUCAUUCAGGCUCUGUAGGUAUUCAGGCUGUCUGUUGUUCCAUAUACUAUGUCUUAACCUGCAUCUCUGUUAAAUUGGCUUUUAUAAUGACCUUUUCACAGUUUAUGUCUUUUUGAUGCAUUAUUAUUGUUGUUAAUGUAUUUCUUUUUUAAAGGUGCUCCACACAUGCCACCUGUUGGAUUCCCAGGUCAAAUGCCAGUUCCAGGGCAUAUUCCAGGGAUUGGGUAAGUUGGAGUGUAAUUUUGGUUUUUAAUGGUCAAACCAUUCAUUUGAAUAACAUGUUGCCUGAAGUGUUGAUUCUUAGAACUGACGAUAUUUACGAUGAGGCUGAUAAUGUCUAUUGUCCUACUUUAGUAUGCCAUACCCUCAACAUGGAAUGCCACCAACUUCCAUCCCUCCAAGCACAGCCACAAUUACCUCUCUUCAAAACAAAGGUCCAGUUAUAGGGCCUCAGGUACCCAACACCAAACCCCUCUUCCCAGCAGCACAGGUAAGCAGCUUUGGUUUAGUUUGACUAGGAUUGCCCAGUAUUUCCCUACUAACAGUAAGUACAUUAAUUACAGAAAUGAAUUCAUACUAUAUAAAACUAGAGAAAUUUAAAAACUAUUCCCAUGGUACAUGUACACAUAAUUGAAAACGUCGUGAAUUGUGCAUUAUUUUAGUUCUGACAAUUGUCGAAACCCUCUUUCUCCUGGAAUAACCUUAUGUCCCUUUUUAUCUUACAAAUUUUCAUCCCGAAAAUUUACUUACUUACAUGAACANAUGAGGCUGAUAAUGUCUAUUGUCCUACUUUAGUAUGCCAUACCCUCAACAUGGAAUGCCACCAACUUCCAUCCCUCCAAGCACAGCCACAAUUACCUCUCUUCAACACAAAGGUCCAGUUAUAGGGCCUCAGGUACCCAACACCAAACCCCUCUUCCCAGCAGCACAGGUAAGCAGCUUUGGUUUAGUUUGACUAGGAUUGCCCAGUAUUUCCCUACUAACAGUAAGUACAUUAAUUACAGAAAUGAAUUCAUACUAUAUAAAACUAGAGAAAUUUAAAAACUAUUCCCAUGGUACGUGUACACAGUUGAAAACGUCGUGAAUUGUGCAUUAUUUUAGUUCUGUCAAUUGUCCAAACCCUCUUUCUCUGGAAUAGCCUUAUAUCCCUUUUUAUCUUAUAAAUUUUCAUCCUGAAAAUUUACUUACUUACAUGAACAUGUACCUAAAAAGUAAUACUAUUGUGUCAGGAAAGAUCAUUCUCUUUAAUUGUUUAAAUGUACAAAUUUUGCAAAACUGACUUAUGCCCUGUUGUUGUUCUGCUGAGGAUAAAUGAGCAGUAAAUGGUGUAUAAUAUUAUUAAUGGUGCAAAACUGCAUUCAUUUUCAUUUAUUUUGCUGAAAUUUAUGCAUACAGUACACAAGCAUGACUAAGUUUAAAAUGCUUUUAAUUUGUUCAGAAUGUAAAUGGGGCUGCUAAAUCCAGUGCUUCCUCAGGCCCUGUGGGUGCUGAUUUUAAACCUCUGCAAUCAGCUGCACCAACCACUAGCUAUCAAAGCCCACCUGUUUCGUCUUCAGGUUUGUGACACCUUGCAUUUUUCUUUCCUAAUUGCAUCAUAUGUGGUGCAUUAAACAGUUGUUUUUGGACCUCAGUCUGGAUCAGCUGUUGCACGCUACCAAAACCAAGGUUUAUUCAAGAGUGGGGCAUUGUGGGAUCUCUGCGAUUGGGAAAAAAAUGCCACAAGAAGUUUAUGUACAUGCCAAAAAUGGAGUGCAGAUAUGAUCUGAAAUAAAUAUCACAAUAAAUACAAUUGGUUAUGUGGAAGACUGAAGUGUGAUCUCAUCUUUCAAGAUUGUUUAAAGUUCAGAAAUUGAAAUGAAUGGUGUUAAUUUUAUACAAUUAUUUCAGAGUGGGGGCCCAGGAGCGCCUUGUUGGCCAUUUUAUAGAAUAAACCCUGCAAAACCAGUGUGCAAAACAGAGAAGCUGUUGAUAAGGUUGAAAGAAAUUGUCCAUUUUGGAGUUCCAUAAGCUCUUUAAAGUAAGGCCAAAAAUAAAUAAAUACAACAUUUUUUUCAUUUUAGAGACUUCCCAUUUACCCUCAUGGUGUUUGAGCAAUGGCAUUACAUUAUCCUUUAACAACUUUGUCAAGAUUAUUGAUGAGUAGAACACUUUGCAAGGAAUAAAACAGUUACUAAAGCAUUUACUUUUUCAGUGUUCUGAAAUGCUUGAGUAUUCCAAUUAUCAGGACCAGUUGUUAAAAAAAUCAUCUUCUUUCAUUGUAGGUAAACCAAUAGUGGUUCCACCUCCCACAUCAGCACCUGUGGUGUCUAAGCCUGCUACCAUUGUUGCACCAGGAGCAACAAGCCGUUUGAUUCAUCCUGAUGAAGACAUUUCAUUAGUAAGUACCUGAACUACUUCCCCUUUCAGUUGGAUGCACACCACGUGCACAUUUAGCAUGUGUUUUAAUUAUUUAUGUUGUGCACAGUCAUGCUUUAGUUGACGGUUCACCUUCACUAUAUCAUAGAUUACAUUUAUUUUCUGAUGUUUCCCAUAGCUGUAUGUUCAGUAAGUAACUUUGUGGGUGGUUACUCUUAAAAUGCUCAGUCUGCAGUUGGUAUUGGAUCAACUAUAGCCAUAGGCAGUUGGGGGAAUUGCACACAUCUUAGGCAUUCUACUGAUGAAUAGUUAUGGCAUUCAACACCUGAUGUGUUGUAUCUGCUGGUGCAACAAUUGUCUUUAGUCCAUCACUUACCUGUCCCCAAACAUUGUGCAACCAACUACCUCUACGGUCUCAGAUAUUUGUCUUAGUUUAUAUUAUCAAAGAAAUAAUAGUUAAUAUUUGUUUAAUGAAGAUGUAUGUAAUACCAAAUGUUACUUUCUUUAACAGGAGGAAAGACGAGCAUCUUUGCCUAUGUACGCUCCUAAGACGCCCAGUUUGGUUUCAUCCAACCCUCCAACCAUGGUUAGUGGUCCACCGUUACAGAUGCAAGCACCCGGAAACCACCCUCCUCUAGGACCCAUGCCUUUAAUGUCCAACAUGCAACAACAUCCAAUGCCUAUGCUAUCAGCACCCACAGGGGGGCCACCGCAAGGAGGACCCAUGCCUGGGGGACCAGUUCCUGGUGGUCCAAUGCCACCUGGUAUGAGACCACCUGGAUAUCCUGGCCAAAUGCCAGGACCACCACCACCACAACAUCAACAAGGAAUGCCACCUGGAAUGCCACCGAGGCCACCCUUGAUGGGACCUCCAUCUCUCAUGGGACCUCUNUAAGACGCCCAGUUUGGUUUCAUCCAACCCUCCAACCAUGGUUAGUGGUCCACCGUUACAGAUGCAAGCACCCGGAAACCACCCUCCUCUAGGACCCAUGCCUUUAAUGUCCAACAUGCAACAACAUCCAAUGCCUAUGCUAUCAGCACCCACAGGGGGGCCACCGCAAGGAGGACCCAUGCCUGGGGGACCAGUUCCUGGUGGUCCAAUGCCACCUGGUAUGAGACCACCUGGAUAUCCUGGCCAAAUGCCAGGACCACCACCACCACAACAUCAACAAGGAAUGCCACCUGGAAUGCCACCGAGGCCACCCUUGAUGGGACCUCCAUCUCUCAUGGGACCUCUGCCUCAAGGCCCUGGUGGAGGGCCUCCUCGUGGACCCCCUCCAAGAGGGGCAAUGGGACUUCUUGGACCUCACCCAGGCGGUAGGCCACCUAUGAGAUUACCCAUGGGUCCUCCCAGAAGGUUCUAG